UCACACUAUUCACAGUUCACAGCUGACUUUCCGUACUUUUACUUUGUUACAAAUAAUACAAAUUACGAAGCAAGUUUUAUCAUAAUCAUUGCCACUAUCACAUAUAGUAUCUAUUUAUACCUUCAGUGUUCGUGUGAUGUUGAAAAUGUCUUCCCAGAUUGAGACAAUAGUAAAUGCAUACAAAACGUUGUCUAAAAUCCCUAUGGUUGCUGGAGGGAGAUUGAAUAAUGCAGCCAAUAAGAUCACCGGUGUGCAGUCCGUGCGAAACAUUGACAAAGGCAAGAACAGCAAAUAUCUGUACAACUAUGUCUUGGACGAUAAUCUGAAUGUUAUUUCUAGAACUGAUUAUGGAGUGGAUAUAAGUAAUGAAGUUAUAUCGGCUGUGUCACCAAAAGAGACUUUCAAAGCAGUCAUCCGCGAGGAAAAAGAUAACAAGGACACUAAGAAACAGUACUUAGAGAUUUGGAGGCUGAAUGCUGGGCUGACUAACUGUAUUGAUCUCACUGCGUUGGAUAUACACGGAGACGUUUAUGCUGAUUCCGAAUUUGGUAGUCUGGAUUGGUCCCAAGACGAAACAGCGGUAGUUUACGUUGCUGAAAGAAAAUUGAAGAAAUCUGAACCUUAUAUCAAGAGGAGUAAAGCAGAAGAUGCAUCCAAAUCUGGCGGAGGCGAUCCUGCACCGAAAAAGGGUGAAGAGUAUGUGUACAGACAAGACUGGGGCGAGCAGUUGGUCGGCAAGCACCUCUCUGUCGUCGUGGUGUGUAGGAUCGAGUCUGAAGCCUUCAGCGUGUUGGAGGGGCUGCCUGAAAGUUGUUGUCCAGGCCAGGUACGCUUCGCGCUAGAUGGCAAAAGCGUAGUGGGCGUGGCUUGGGAGACGGAACCGCGGCGUCUCGGCCUCAUCUUCUGUACCAACAGACCCAGCUUCAUCUUUGACUUGACCUUGGAUGGCCAGCUCACUAAACUGUCAGCAGAGGGUACGGCGGUGCGCUCCCCUCGCGUCAGGCCUGACGGCGACCUGGUGUGGCUGCAGCGCGCGGUCGCCGGCCCGCACCACGCUUGCCACGCUUUGGUCAUCAAGAAGAAAGGUCAGACCGGAGCAUCACCAAUAAUAGACAUAGUACAAACGGAAAUCGCCACGUCCCAGAACAAACCGUUCUACGGGUUGUACAACCAGGGCCUUCCAAAGAACUGCUUCACCAAAGAUGGUUCCAGGAUCGUGUUUAGCACACCCAGCGUGUGUGAUGUGAAAACCUAUUCUGUAGAUAUUGAAAGCGGCAAGUUAUCUGAGAUAUCCAGCCCCAACUCCCGCCAAGGUUCACUCUCUGCGCUGGAUGUCAAGAAUGAUGUCAUCCUUGCUUCUUUUUCCGAUAUGCUGACUCCGGCUCAGUUAUACGUGGGCAAAUUGCCAGGCGCUGGGAAGGAAAUGGAGAUAAAAUGGAACGUGGUAAGCGAAGCAGUGAAGGUCCCAGAAUCGCUGGUUAGCUCUACCAUCCACUACCUGAGCCAUAAGCACGAGAACACGGAUGAUGCCGUCAAGACAUUUUCCUCGCUGUACCUGGCUCCGAAGUCAUCUGACAAACAGCCAUUGAUAGUGUGGCCGCACGGUGGGCCGCACUCCGGCUUCGUUAAUGCGUACUCAUUGGAGGCGGCCCUCUUCAACAUGUUGGGAUUCGCGGUGCUCCAGAUAAACUAUCGCGGCUCCGUGGGCGCAGGCGAACAGAGCGUGACCUUCCUCCCGAAACGCGUAGGCACAGCCGACGUACGUGACUGCAAGCUCGCCACGGACGACGCCAUCACAAAGUUCAACGUCGACGCUAACAAAAUAUGUUUAGCCGGUGGUUCGCAUGGAGGGUUCCUAGUGGCGCAUCUGAGUGGGCAGUAUCCGGAGACUUACUAUGCUGUUGUUAGUCGGAACCCGGUUAUAGAUGUCGCCAGCAUGUUCAACUCUAGUGAUAUACCUGACUGGUGUGCAGUGGAAGCCGGCUUCCCCUUCACCGAGAAAGGCCAGCCCUCUGAAGAAGAACUGCUAACCAUGAGGCGCUGUUCGCCGCUGGUCCACGUACAUAAAGUUAAAGCCCCCACGGCUUUCAUGUUGGGGAAAGGAGACAAGAGAGUCCCGCAUUAUCAGGGCCUCGAGAUGGCUCGGAGGCUGAAGGCUAAUGGGGUUGAGACUAGAGUGUACAUGUACGACGAUAACCACUCGCUAUCAUCGCUGCCGCACGAGAUGGACCAACUUAUCAACAGUGCUAGCUGGUUACUGGAGCAUUUACCUUAGACUGAACAUAGGAACUUAAUUUUAGUAAUUUCAGAUAACCGUGGCUCAUGUCAGACUGAUUGCCAUAAAGUGUAAUACGAAUUUUGUAACUAUAUUGUUUCUAGAGAAUCUAGACUAAGUGAAACGUCCGCAUUUGAUAUUUUUAAAUACAUUUUUAUAUCAGA